UGUCACAUAGAGUUUAUUGUAGUGCUUAGUUGUUUCUUAUUGUAGUUUAAUAUUUUAGCAAACAAAUUCUAAACAAAUUGGACCGUUUUCAAGAUUACCUCCGAAAUUAGAGAUACAAUUUGAUUUGACGAUGGCCAAGGCAAUUGAAGAUUGGUUAAAAAAAAGGGUGGGAAUUUGCUUGAACCUCGAUUCGUCAAAUGUAGGCAACAAAUUAUAUGAUGGAUGCAUUUAUUAUAACAUUUUGAAAAGUUACAACCUGAUCGGUAAAGAUUGUGUCAUUGCGCCGAAAGCAAACUGUUCGCCGAAGGAAGCACUUCUCAAUAUCAACAAACUGUGCCCGUGGUUCCACCUGAUUGGAAUUUAUUACAAUAGCUCUUUUUUGGAGCAAAUCGCUUAUAAAUCUAAUUCGAACGCGUUGAGACUGUUGUUUGAAUUGUACUUCAAACUUCAGGAUCGUUUUGUUAUAGAUCUGAUAGUAAAACAGUCGGAAAAUAAUGAAAACGUUCCUCCUGCUGUUAAGCUUCCGAAGUGUAGAGAUACGACUAUCAUCAAAGAGGUCCGUCGACGGCAGUCCGAGAUGAUUGGAGUUUCAGUGAACCAAGGCCUUACGAUGAAAUAUAGCCAGCUGAGAAAGAUGAUAGUUGCAAAAUGUAGCGAAGAAAGCCGGCUCAGAAGAGAAAAAUAUAAAGAAAUGACCGUCGAACCACCAAAAUAUCUCCGUUAUAAACCUGAUUUGGAAGGCGCCCAUUUAAAAACAAUGGAAGACGUUAGAGCUUUUGCGGCUCUUUACGCUGAGGAGAAUCUAUCGGAUCAUGCGAUUUUAGGUUGUGACCCUCGAGAAUACAUCCAAGAUCUUCAGAAAAAAAAACGAAUCAACAUAGGAAACGGAUUGAUGAAAUUAAAAAUGCAAAAUCUAUUUUUGCGCGAUGUAUGGGCAGCGCUUUUAAAGAAAAAUGGAGAGGAGUUUGGAAAAUAUUUUGUGAAAAAGCUGAACGAACAAUCGGAAUACGAGCGGAAGCUCGCAAUCAAGCUGGCUAUGAUUCAUAACAGUAACCUGGAGCAUUUUGAGAAGAAGCCUAAAAAAAUAAUCCAACCGGAUGAACAGGAAGGAGAAGUACCAGAGGGAGCUAUAUUAAAAAACACCAUUUUACGAGAAAGAGGAAAGAAGCUAAAAGUGUAUUGGCAAACCCACCAGGAAGAGCAUAAGAAGUUAUUUGCUGAAAAGAAGAGGCUCAGACAUGAGAGACAUAUUAGAGAAUGUAGGGAUAUCGCAGUCGACAUAGCAGAUUUAGCCGUUAUCGUGGCGGAGUAUAGAAGGGAAAAUUGCAUUUCUCCUAAUCGCCGAGCAAUGAACGAUUGGAAAGAACUAUUCUACAGGUGCAUACCAUUCUUUUUGAACCGUGAUGUCAAUUUACUCUCGGAUAUCGAGAGCGAAGAAAUGUGGGGUGAAGAGGGAUCUAACGUAUCGGACGAUAUGGCAUACGAGAAUAUAAGGACCAUCGAUAGUCAAACGCUCCUCGAUCGGGUCAUUAUGGAUACAUUGAACAAAUUUUACGUACAUAGCUAUUUAUAUCUCGUGGAUCAGUGGAUGAUAGAAGACUGGCCCGAACUAGGUUCGGGGAAAGAGUCAUUGGACAUACACGGAUUCGUCAUUCACCGACUGUUAGAAACAAAAUAUCCAUUCCCACCGCCUCCCCAACCUGCGAACAUUGACCAUUUUGAUAUUAGAACCGUUAUUAAAUAUUUUUACGAUCCGAUAUUCAUCAAUUACCUUCAAGAACUUGUGAAAGGCGCGGGAGUAAUUCUCAUAAAAAUGAACGAGGCUAUUCAUUAUUGCAUAGAUCGAUAUGAAGAAGAAGUCGGUAUUAUCAUGUUCGGCAGGAAAGAUGCUAAAGAAUCGUCAAAAAAAAAUCCGACCAGCGGCUCAAGAAGGCAGAGCAGCGGGAGGAGACAAAGUGCGAGGAGGCAAAGCAGCAGUAGAAGACAAAGCAGUAGUAGGAGGCAAAGCAGCAGUAGAAGACAAAGCAGUAGCAGGAGGCAAAGCAGCAGUAGAAGACAAAGCAGUAGCAGGAGGCAAAGCAGUAGUCGGAGGAAAAGCAGUGGUAAAACAAGAGCGAGUUCUAUAAAGAAAAACACAGACAAGGAUGAUGACAACAAAGGACGUAGGAAGUCAAGUGCUAAAAGAGGAAGUGUUAAAAGGGGGGAUGAAAAGCAAAGUAAUUCCAAAUCGAACAAUGAAUCGCAAAGUAAAAAGAAAUCUCGCGAUUUUAUAUUGACAAAAACUACAAACGAUAAGGCGGUUCAAUGCCCGAGUGUUGACGAUUUCUUCCGUCGUGUAAACCUCACCGAAGCUGGUAAAUUAGGUAAACAAGCGCAAGAAGUAAUUCGCAACGGAGAAGAAGUGGACGACGUUUUAGGUGCAAAAUUAAUCGUCGAGUAUUUGAAAUCGCUAACAUCUUACAGGGGUUUUGUUUUGGUUGAUUUUCCACACAACGUGGGGCAAGCAGCCCUAUUAGAAUUUCUUAUCACUGGAAGGCCGAUUCAAGUCAACUUACAGAUGGAGAAUUCUGCAAAGGAGUACAUUUAUAACGCGUUACAUCCUCCGCUUAAACUCGAUACGAAGAAAAUAUUAAAUUGCGAAGGUGUUGUUUCAAAAUUUAUCCAGGAAACCGCUUUGGAAGUUAUUCCGACAGUGCAUGACAAGAGGAUGCUCGAGAAACGUCGUCUAGAAGAAGAGUUGAGAUUAGCGAAGGAAUUAGAAUUGGCCGAAACUCUGGCCGAAGAGCAGUUACCAGAAGAAGAAGAAAUAGAGGAGGCCGCCCCUGAAGAAAUUAUCGCCUCCGAACCCGAGAUAGAAAUGUCGAAACCCAAAAAUUCCGAAAAACCGCCAAAGGGUCUUAAAGGAAAGACAACUUCCACCCGUAAAUUCCUAGAGAAAGGUCAGUCCAAAAAAGCACCCGAAAAGGCAGAAAUGAAAAAUCCUCCCGAUCUCGAAGAAGAAAAGAAGAGCUACAAAGAGCCCGAAGUCGUAGUGGAUACAAGCAUAAUUACAGUCACAAUGGAACAAUUAAUUCAUUACAGAACGGCAAAAGUUCUUCCCAGACCCAACCCUGUCAGUACCGUCCAACCCACUCAUAUGCCGUUUAUCAAUAAGUGUCUCGUUAAUUUUACAGAAACUAAACUUCCUAAAGAAAAAUCUUCCCAUAUGUCAGUAUUGAAGGGGUUUGGAACAUAUUUUGAAAGUGAAGAAGUCGGUGCAAACGCUUACGCCCAAGUAGCACCUCCUCUCAAUUUCUACCAAUAUUUUGACUUAUUGUAUUCAAUCGUUCAUCAUCAAGAUUAUUUGCCCAUUACGAAAAUCGCGCGUUUGAUACUUGACGAGACGGAUGAAGUGGAAGACCCGACGAGAAAAGAUUCAGAGAUUUUAUUCGGGUUGGAAAACUUGGAAAUAUGCGCAAAAUACAGGCCUAAGACUGUCUCUAGGACUGACCCGAAAAUUGGUGGAAAAGUGAAAGUGGAGAGUAAAAAGAAAUCUAUUUCCCGAAAAUCGGUUUCGCGGAAAUCUGUAUCGAAAACAUCUGCAAAGCGGAAAACUAUAUCUGACAAAGCCGGUAAAUCGGGAAAAGAGCCGAAAGACAAGUUGGAUAGGAAGCAGCAGACCACUUCGCACGAUACGAAACCAGGACCUGAACAAGUCGUACAAAAAGUGCCUUCGUUUGUUAAGGUCGAACAUACACCCCCACCGUGUAUCCUUCUGCCCGGUGAUCAAGGAUGGGAGUACGCCAACGAAGAAAUACCACAGGACGUGCAAAUAUCUUUUGCGACUAGAUGGGAAUUGAUUGAAGCGCUCUACCUCGAAGGCCUGUACCAAGUCAUGCAACUGCUGAGAGUGCAUAGGGCUAAAUUUUUUCCUUAUAGAAAUUUUGUUCGCAACGUCAUGGAAGACGCUAUUAACUUCACCGACGACAGGACGAGGAUAGUUUCCGAAUUUCAGAAUUUAUUCAACGAUGUAGACAUCGAUAUGAGAAAGGAUCCCGAGAUGAAAUUAGAAUUGCACUGUCGUGUAUAUGAACUUUGGAAUUUAUUGUGUGAGAUGUCGGACGCUAAAAAGCGGAGGGCUGAAUUCGUGAUGAAAAAACUAAUGGAAAAGGGAUGGAUUUUGAGCUACUGCUGCACCUUAAUUAACAUUUUCUUAAGCCUCAUGCAGUUAGAAAUAGACCGGACGGUCGACACACUUCAACUUUUAAACGAAUACUAUCUAGCCAUGUUGAGAGCUACUGUCGACGAUCCGCCUAUAGAAAAAAUAAUAUUAGAACGGAUCGUUCCGACAGAGGAAGAAGAAUUUUUCAGUAUGAUGUUAACUAAAAGGUCUCCGGAAAAAAUUCAAAUGCAAGAUAUGCUCGAAAAAACCAUCAAACGUAUGAAUGACGAAAUAUUUAAAACAGAUUCUUUCAACAUGGAUAUACUGACAUCCCUCAUCGUCUUGCCUAUGCAACAAGUUGCGAAAAAAGUGUAUCAAUGUAAAGUCAGGACUCGGACCUACAUAAACGACUUCAAUAUCGGCAGAGAGCUCUUGGUGAUGUUGCUUGCAAAGCCUUCUUCUAAAAUUCCGAGUAGUAAAAGGAACACCGAAGAAUUAAAAAGACAUAGGGUUUUCAGUAUGUACUUUCCCGUCUCGUACGUUCCGAAGCAAUGCCAAAGAAUGACUAUACUCAAGCUGUUGAGGUCAAAGAAUAAAACUACCAAAACAGGCGGCCGAAUAGUAAAACUAGAGAUGGACGAAGGCAACGAAGGAGUCUACUACGAGCAAAUGGAAAUCAACGAAUUAAACAAGAUAGAUAAAAUAAAAUGGGAAUGGUUCACAGCGGUGAAAAACGAAGGCGAAAGGUUGUGUUUCAGAAUUAAAUUGAUAGAGAGUAAACUGAAAGACGAUCUUAAGGAAAUAGUCGAAUUUUCCCAACAGAUGUUCUUUCAGUUCGAAAACGACAUAGCCGUUAUUUUUCACAGAGAAAUCAGAGCUGUCGAACAGCUCUGUACAGUUUUGCAGAACGCGAUCAAAAAUGAGACCAAUGUCAGACAGAAGCUCGUAUUAGAAGGAGACCGGUUCUAUACGGAAUACAACGAGGAAUACCCUGAGAACCCUCCGCCUCCUCCAUCACCUGCCGAAGCCGUUUCGGAGGACUACAAGUUCAGUACAGUCCAGCUCGAAAACCUAAUUACCAAGUUGAGUUACGUUUCACCCAACGGAAUUUUAGAAUCGCCUUUUAUCCCUAUUUUAGAAGAUAUGAUUGCGUUUACGUCAGAAACCGACUGCCCGUAUGUUCCACCUAAAUGGGCCCACUUGAAUUCCGAAGACCUCUUAUUCAUACUUCAACAAAUAUUCGGCCAGUUGGCAGUUUACGAUUGGAGAGAUUUUAUUAUAUUUAAUUUAAAUGUACCUCUACCCUCUGCUGAAGAAUUGGUAUACCUCAAGGAGCGAUACAGGGAACUAGACGAAGAAGGGUAUGAGAACAUAACGUUCCAACAGUUCAUGAGCGUUCCUCUGUGGUUCGAAACGGUGGAAUCCGUGGAAAAUGAAAUUGAAAGCAAAAAGAAAAUACUUUUUCGGUUGUUUCAGGUGAGCCCGAACGAUAUGAACUACUCAUCAUUCAUUUUUGCCUUUUGUAGAGGGGAAGACGGCCUCGAAGGUUUUAUGAAGGCACUGACCCUCGUGGACGAUAAAGGUAUUCUUAUCAACGCAGAAGCGUAUAAGGAAGAGGUGGAGGCCAGAGAAGACGCUCAACGGAUCGCCGACGAAAUCAUAAUACAAGUAGUUCACGAAGUCAUCAUCAGGACCGAAGGAAUAAGAGUAACGACACUUCCAAAAAACUACAUCGACUCCGAUGUAGAACCCGCUUACGAAGCGACUACAGAAGAAGUAGGCGAAGGUGAAGAAGAAGAAGAAGAAGAAAAAGUAGAGGAAGAACAAGAAGUCUCGGACAACGUUACAAUCGGCAUCCAUCCCGAAUUAAGCCCAGAACCCACUUACCCGGAAAGAUACAACCACCCGAAAUGGCACGUCUGCAUCCCUUAUAAACUCGUUGUCUCCCUUUUCAUUUUGGCCUUGAAUUUUUACUUUCUCCCUCCAAGUCAUCAAUGGCGGCAGAAGGAGAUUGAGGAAGCGUUGCAAGAACUUUACGAAAGUAAAGGUAAAAACGGAUACAUCAAGGGAUACAUUUUAGCAGAGAGUGAAAUCAUCAAAACUAUAUUUGAAACGACCAAUGUUUUCAGAUGGUUCAAUAUGAGUUACUACGUCGAAAAAUUCAUUGAAAAUAAAUUAGUAGCCCAAGAACAAGAGAGAAAAAAUAUAUUCUGUUCUUGA